UCUUGAUGUCGUCUUACUCAUAUAUAAUCCCCCGGCCUCCUGGCUCUUGAUAUCUUCUAACACAUCUCUCACUACUCACAGAUACUCAAUCUAACAACUACACAACGAUGGGUGAUAAAAACGAAACAUGGACACCAAGCUACGACAACUGCGAUAAAGUCUCGGAUCGUUGCCCCGUCGAGUACACCAUCUACCAAGACUAUCUCUCCGAACCAGCCUCAGGAUUCUUCGCGAUCACUUUUGCACUCCUCUUCCUCGCACAGAUAUUUCAGGGGUUUCGGGCUAAAACAUGGUCGUACAUGAUAUGGCUGGGCAUCGGAACAGUCUUUGAAGUCGCUGGUCAUGUUGGACGCUUCGGACUAGGAAGAAAUCCAUGGCAGCAGAAUGUCUUUAUCGUGCAGUACCUAACACUUUUGCUGGCUCCUACUCUGGUUGCUGCUGCUAUAUCAGUGACAUUCAAGCAUCUCGUUGUUUGGUACGGGGCAAAAUGGUCUUUCCUCAAGCCCAGGCUAUAUCCUCUCGUCUUUGUCGGUACAGACUUUAUCUCGAUUUUCAUUCAAAUUAUCGGAGGUGGCCUCACAGCUAUGCAAAGUAUGGGCAAAGGAUCUGAGAUGACACAGAAACUUGGAGAAGCUCUUGUCAUUGGCGGUGUUGCCUUUCAAGUUGCCAACAUGUUGUGCUGUGGUGGUCUGAUGCUUCUUUACGCUCGACGUCGAAAGCAGGCAAUGAAACAUCGAGACCCGUUGAUGGGGAACGCGGCUGAUAUGUACACAACUGGCAUGCCAACUCGUGGGAGAGUACCGGUCGCUCGAGAGGAGGCUACGCUAAAGGAAGCAAAAAGAGUCAAGUGGUUUGUCUAUGCCCUGGGUAUUGCUUAUACCUGUAUCAUCAUCCGAUGUGCCUACCGCAUCGCCGAAACUGUCCCAGAUAUUGGGGUUGAUGUUCUCCGAAACGAAACACUAUUCAUCGUGUUCGACGCGACAAUGAUGUUGAUAUCCAUCGGUGCUGUGACUAUCCUCCAUCCCUGCUUCUUUUUCCCGUAUCUGGGUCUUAGAAAGAAGCAGAAGAAUCAAAGCAAGGUCUAUGAGGGUUAUAGAAUGGAGAGUAGUUCAGCGUUGGUUGGGCAACAGCAACACCCGCAGCAACAGCAAGGAUAUGCUUGAAUUUGACUUGUCGGUGUUGCGUGCUACUUGAGAGCCGGCUUCUGGAUUAUAAGUGUCUGAAAUGAUUUUGUGGUUUGACUUCAUGCCUGUUGGGAUAUAUGGCAUAUAUUGUAGAACUCUAGGAGCUUCAAGAUUUCCAAUUUGAUUCUUACAUAACAGACAAUAUCGUGCUGCUGUCGACAUUACAUUCUCAGAAUAUUGACCUCAGCCCCUCCAAGAAGAGGACAGGCCUUCGGC